ACUGUUUAUGAAUUUUAAUUGAUGGUCACAUCACAUGGAUGAUGCAUGCGAUGGCUACAAACAAACACAAACAACUAGUUAGCAUAAAAAAACCAUAGUAGCAAAGCAACCAUUCUAUGUUUGUUUUUUCAAUUGUACAAAACAAAAACCAAACAACCAUGUCAAAUUCUUGUUCUUCCUCAAACAUCAUUAAUCCCUCCAAAAAAAUCCUUCUUUUUCUCAUUUCACUACUCUUCACUCUUUCUUCCUUCCCAACAAAAACAAACUCACUUUUCUUCAACAUAACAAAUUUCGACGACCCAACCGUCGCUAAAAACAUUUCAUUCCAAGGUGACGGAAGAAUCACCAACGGUUCCAUUGAUCUCAACAAAGUAAGUUACCUUUUCCGUGUUGGUAGAGCAAUCUAUUCACAACCAUUACAUUUAUGGGACAAAAACACAAAAACUCUCACUAGUUUCACCACACGUUUCACUUUCACAAUCAAUAGUUUAAACGACACUUCCUAUGGUGACGGUUUUGUGUUUUUUUUAGCUCCUUUAGGAUAUCAAAUUCCACCUAAUUCAGCUGGUGGUGUUUUUGGUCUUUUUAAUGCUACUACAAAUAGUGAUUUUGUUAUGAACUAUGUUGUUGCUGUUGAAUUUGAUACUUUUGUUGGUUCUAUUGAUCCACCAAUGAAACAUGUUGGUAUUGAUGAUAAUGCUUUGACUUCUGUUGCUUAUGGAAAAUUUGAUAUUGAUAAUAAUCUUGGUAGAGUUUGUCAUGUUUUGAUUGAUUAUAGUUCUGAUAAAAAGAUUUUGGAAGUUUUUUGGUCUUUUAAAGGAGGUGAUGGAAAUUUUGGGAAUUCUUCAAUUUCUUAUCAGAUUGAUCUUAUGAAGAAAAUGCCUGAAUUUGUUAAUAUUGGUUUUUCGGCUUCAACGGGUCUUUUAACCGAAAGUAAUGUUAUUCAUUCGUGGGAGUUUAGUUCGAAUUUGAAAUCGGAUUCUACCGCAGAUGUUUUGUUAGAGGGAAAUGGAAAAAAAGGGUCUUUGAAAACGGUUGUGAUUAUUGUUGCGGUGAUUGUUCCGGUUAUUUUGGUAUUUUUGAUAGCGAGUAUUGUUGGUUGGGUGAUAGUGAAGAGGAAAAGGAAGAGUCUUGAUGAAGGGUUGGAUGAAUAUGGGAUACCUGUUCCGGUGAAAUUUGAUUUGGAUAAAGGGACUAUACCGAGAAGAUUUGAAUAUAGCGAAUUAGUUGCGGCUACUAAUGGUUUUGCAGAUGAUAGAAUGCUUGGAAGGGGAGGGUAUGGACAAGUUUACAAAGGUGCUUUGAGUUAUUUAGGUAAGGUUGUUGCUGUGAAGAGGAUUUUUGCCGAUUUCGAGAAUUCAGAAAGUGUUUUCAUCAACGAGGUUAGGAUUAUAAGCCGAUUAAUACAUAGAAACUUGGUUCAAUUCAUAGGUUGGUGUCAUGAACAAGGCGAGUUUCUUUUAGUUUUUGAGUUCAUGCCUAAUGGAAGCCUCGACACACAUUUAUUUGGUGACAAGAAAAGUUUAGCUUGGGAAGUAAGAUACAAAAUUGCAUUAGGUGUCGCGAAUGCACUUCGUUAUCUUCACGAUGACGCCGAGCAAUGUGUUCUUCAUAGGGAUAUUAAAUCAGCUAAUGUGUUGUUGGACACUGAUUUCAGCACAAAACUCGGCGAUUUUGGGAUGGCAAAACUUGUUGAUCCAAUGUUAAGGACACAAAGAACAGGCGUAGUCGGAACUUAUGGUUAUCUAGCACCUGAAUAUAUCAAUGGAGGAAGGGUUAGUAAAGAAUCUGAUAUGUAUAGUUUUGGUAUUGUUGCUUUAGAGCUAGCAACUGGUAGAAGGAUUUUUCAAGAUGGUGAGUUUCAUGUACCUUUGAUGAAUUGGGUUUGGGGACUUUAUGUUGAAGGGAAUCUUAUGAGUGCUGUUGAUGAAAGAUUGAAUUUGGAGUUUGAUGUUAAUGAAAUGAAGAGUUUGCUUAUUGUAGGGUUAUGGUGUACUCAUUCAAAUGAUAAAGAAAGACCUAAAGCUUAUGAAGUGAUUAAGGUUCUUAAUCAUGAAAUGGCAUUACCUGAACUUCCACUUGAUAUGCAUGAUCAUGCUCCUCCAAUUGUAAGUUUUAGGCCAUCCAAUUUGGUAUCUUUGCAACCACAAAUGACUAAUAGUCUUGUUUGUGAUGGAAGAUAGUUAGAUGUUUUUUACGAGCUGAGUCUUUUCAUGGAUGGAAGCAAUGGUUUUCUAUGUGGAAUUUAAUUCAUUUUAUUUCUUUGUAUAUUUGAUUUCUUUUUGUGACAUAUUGUUUGAUAACUUUGUUAUUUAGAUGAAUUUUUUGGUUA